UGCCACCUUAAAACUCUAGCUAACUUGUACCUAGGUAUCCAGCAGGUCCAUCUGGAGAGAGAAGCUGUUACCUCUUGCUCUGAAUCUCUCUCUCUGGGUCUCGUGCCUGAUGAGCGAGAGAAAGAGACUCUCUGAGAUUUCAACAUGGACGUUUAGGGAAGAACAGACGAAACUGAAACGACAGUCUGUGUGUGACCUGUACACA